CAUUUUUACAUAUAGGUAGAUUAAUUCUUAUUCUUAUAAUAAUACUCUCAAAAACUGCAUAAAGCUGUUUCUUUUCCUCUUCUUCUUCCUUCUUUUCUCUCUCUGCAAUUUUUUUUUCAGUUACUUAUUUUUUCGUUGGCACUAGCGCUAGUUCUUGUCUUCUUUAGUCUCUGACCCUUUUGCCAGCUUUGACCUUAGAAGAUGCUUGUGGCAUUGCUCUUGCUUUUGGCAUUGAGCAAUGCCUCGAAAGUUUAUGGAGAUUUCGAGCAGUGUGGUUUGAAUCCGAAAUUGGAUCCUAGACCACACACUGUCUCGAUUUUGGAGUUCGGUGCGGUUGGUGAUGGUAAGACACUGAAUACACUUGCGUUACAGAAUGCAAUUUUCUAUGUCAAGUCAUUCGCUGAUAAGGGCGGUGCUCAGCUCUAUGUGCCACCGGGAAAAUGGCUCACCGGAAGUUUCAAUCUUACCAGCCAUCUCACCCUCUUUUUAGAGAAAGGCGCUGUCAUUAUUGGAUCUCAGGAUCCAUCUCAUUGGGAUGUUGUUGAACCUUUACCUUCGUAUGGGCGAGGGAAAGAUGUUCCUGAAGGAAGAUACAAGAGUUUAAUCAACGGUUACAAGUUGGAGGAUGUGGUUAUAACAGGAAAUAACGGAACCAUUGACGGCAUGGGAUCGGUUUGGUGGGAAUGGUAUAAUUCUCACUCGCUCAACCAUAGUCGUCCUCAUUUGGUAGAAAUUAUAUCAUCCAAUUCUGUCGUAGUUUCAAAUCUUACAUUCUUGAAUGCUCCAGCAUAUAGCAUUCACCCGGUUUAUUGCAGCAAUGUACAUAUUCAAAAUGUUUCAAUCUCCACUCCACCAGAAUCCCCUUAUACCGCCGGUAUAGUACCAGAUUCUUCUGAUAAUGUUUGUAUAGAAGAUAGUAAUGUAUCCAUUGGCUAUGAUGCAAUAUCUCUCAAAAGUGGCUGGGAUCAGUACGGCAUAACCUAUGGAAGACCGGCCGAGAAAAUACACAUAAGAAGGGUUCAUCUUCACGCAUUUUCCGGCUCUGCUAUUUCAUUCGGUACUGAAAUGUCAGGUGGAAUUUCAAACGUUCUAAUCAAGCAUGUUCACAUUUUCAACUCGAAUAGCGGCAUUGAGUUCAGAACAAUCAAAGGAAGAGGCGGUUACGUUAAACAAAUCGUCAUAUCCAACAUCAAAAUGGAAAAUGUUCAUACAGCAAUUUCAGCCAAAGGAAAUUGUGGUUCUCACCCCGACGACAAAUUCGAUCCAAAAGCACUUCCACUUUUGAAUCACAUUACUUUGAAGGAUAUUAUCGGAACAAAUAUCACAAUUGCUGGAAACUUUAGCGGCAUCGAAGAAUCACCCUUCACCGAUAUCUGCCUUUCAAACAUAACAUUGUCCACAAAUUCGGUUUCUUCCACUACAUGGGAAUGUUCAAAUGUCUCCGGAUUUUCAGACUCAGUGCUCCCUAAACCUUGUCAAGAACUCAGUAAACCUUCAAACUCUUCUUCCUCGUCGUGUUUCUAUCUCAUGAGUCUCGGUGAACAAAAAUCUGCAGGGCUUUAAUAAAUCAUUAUGAAAACACCGAAUUUGGCGCAAGUGGUUGGUGCACAGUGUUGUAAAUUCUGAAGUACCGAGUUCGAUUUCUGCUAAACAAAAAAAUGAAAAAGUGAAUCGCAUCGCCGUUUGCCAUCCGAGAAUAGUCUACAUUCUUUCCAAAAUAAGACAGUUCAUUUUGUUUCUUCCAUUCCUUAGAUUUGAAUUCUCUUGCAUAUUCCCAAAUAGGUCAUUAUUUGUACAGCUUCAUUUCUAUUUCUUCAUUCAUGUGUAAUGAAAUUUUGGUAGUGCCUUUACAAAAGGACUCAAAAUGUGAUAGUUUACAUUUUUGCAUUAGUUUCAUUGUUAUUUAAUUUCACUGUAAAGCAUGUAGUGGAUUUGGUGAUACUUCAAUUAAAGAAAGUUCAAUUUUAAGUAA